AUGAUUGAGCCGGGCCCGCCAUCGCCGCGCUCGGCGCCGAUCGGUGCCUCGGUCGACCCGACCGAGGACUCCCGCGUCAACGUCGGCGCGCUCGAGGCCAAGUGGGUCGGGUGGUCGGCGGACCUCGAGGAGACGGGCCGGCUGUUUGGCGGCGUCGCGGACGACGUGGACGAGACACCGGAUGGCCUGCUCUCGCCCUUUCCGUCUGACGAGGCGGGCCUCGGCCUCGGCACGCCGCGCCGCGGCUCGGGCAUCUUCCGGCGGCACGUGCGGCGCCGGCCGCUCGAGUGGGUCGUGCGGUGCACGCCCGUCUACUACGGGUGGGUGGCGGCGGGCCUGCAUGUGGUGGCGCAGGUGGUGGCGGCGCCGGGGCAGCCGUACUGCGUCGGCGCCGUCAUCGACUCGCUCGUCCGCGACGCAAGGUUUGCCGGCUGGUGGACGGCCAUCCUCCCUGCGGGGGGCCGCUCGGACAACCCGCAAGACUUUGACAUGCGGCUCGAGGAGCUCGUCGAGGGCGCGGACCCGGUCCUGGAAACCUCCUCGCGCAUCCUCGGGGUCGCGGCCAACCCCGCAGCCUCCGCCGACCCCGCAGCCUCCCUCAACGCCGGAGGGUGCGGCGGCGGCACCGGCCCGUGCGGCACAAACGACGCGCACGUGGCGGCGCGCGCGGCGGGAGCGCUAAGCCUACAGGCGCUCGUCGCGCUCGGCUGCGCAGUGGCGGCGCCGCUGCCGCUGCUGGUGCGGCGGCAGGAGCUGCUGCUGCAGGUCUCGCUGCUGUCCGCCUCCACCGCACUCCUGCUGAUGUCGCACCUCCGCACGAACGUCGCGCACCAGACGGCGUCGCUGCUGCUCGGGGGCGCCUACGCGCUCGCCAACAGCUACAGCACCACCCUGUGGGAGUACUUUUUCGGCGCCGCCGACGCGCAGCGGAUCAAGCAGACCUCGCUCGCAAUCACCUCUGCCACGUCCGGCCUCGCGGUGUGGGGCUUUGCGCACGCGCGCGCGCGCGCCGGCGGCGGGAAGCACUACGGCGAGGCGAUGGACGCGUGCGCGUACCUCGGCUUCGGCCUCGCCGCCGCGGACCUCCUUCUCCUCGCCAAGCCCGAGACGCUCGAGGCGAUCGUGCGGAGGGCGCCCACCUGGGAGCAGCUGCUCGCGCGGCGGCAGCGCGCGACGUACUUCUCCGUCUCGAGCCAGCUCUCGCGCUGCCUCGACUGCUGCGGGUUGGGCGGCUCGCGCGGCUACCGCUGGCAGCGCCCGCCGCUCGAGGUGGACGCGGAUCUGCCGCUCGAGCAGGUAGGGGCCUAAGGCCGCCAGGGCUGGGGCCUGAGCAGCCGCGUGUGGGGAGAGCAGCCGCAUGAGGGGAGAGCGCAAGCGGAGCGAGUCUGCAGGAGCGAGUGCGCGACACGUACACGCGUACGCUGCUCGGUGGCGGGCCUUGGCGCGCGCCGUGUCGCUGGGCUGCUGCAUGUGCAUGUACAGUCUACAGCUUCUACUACAGCUU